UUCCGCAAUUUCAUAACAAACUGUGGAGUUGGUAGAAAUUCGUGCCUAUCAGACAUGACUCCAAGGUAACAUCCGCUGUUCAAUACUACUGCAGACUAUCCAACAUGGCGGGGAAAGGAGCAAUUUGAACUUAAAAUUUGCAAGUCUUGGAUAUUUCUCUAAAUUUGGAGAAGUCACCACCUUUAUGAAAUGUCCGACGAAAGUGACAGAUUUUCCUUAACAGCUGAGCAGUAUUUAGCAAAGUACCAUGUGCUGACGUAUCUUCAGGAUGCAGUUGCACAGCUAUUGGAACAUAAGGAAGAGAAUCCAAGAGUCAUUCCGGCUCGAUUUCUGAGUGAUUACUUCAGGAGUGUUGUACAAGGGAAUCACACUCUAUUCAGGGAGUACAAUUACAUCAAGAAGACACCUCACAAUAUUGCUUCUUUUAUCAGAGUGUUUUGGAAAUGUUUUAGACAUAUUGGAAGGAAUGGAGAUUUGUUGUCUGCAAAGGAAUACCAUUCUCUAGUGUGCCUAUUGUGCCCUGAUUUUCCAUUUGAGCCGGUUCAGAAGACAGCAAGGAUUAUUUUAAUGGAAGAUGCUAUGGACUGUCUGAUGUCAUUUCCAGAUUUUCUGUAUGCUUUCCAAACACAGUUCUUUUAUGAGGAAUUCAUAGAGAAACUUCAGAGCACGUAUCAAGCCCUGAUAUCAGGUACUUAUAGACCAGGCCAGAUAGUGAUAGUGCCAACACUGUCCAGGCCCAUUCAGCACAAGAUGCAGCAGCAGCCAGCACACACUGCACCUGAUGCGGUUCAAGUCAGUUCAGGGGAUGGUGUGGAGGUUCAUUCUUUCCUGGAGGCUAUCCUUCAAAUUAUUCAUUCCAGCAAUGGCUCCUUCAGCUGUCCACCUGUAGAGGUUAUUAAAGAACUGUUAUCAUCUGUUGAAAGAGUUACUUUCUAUGGAUUUCUCAUUGGCCUUGCAAAACAUCCUGGAGUCAAUAACAAUAUUGCAACUUUACCUGAGAAAUCAGCUAUCAUGGAAGAAACUGAUCAGGAAUUGAGCAGCCCUUCUACCAGCCCCAAAUCAGGCAGGCCAAAUAGUGGAAUUCCUAAUGCUUCCAAGAAGGCUCUUUGACUUUGUGCAUGACUUUUUGGAUGAGGCAUAUAUUAAUUGAAAAAAUUGGAUAUAUAAUUUCAUGAACUGUAAGUAUUGUAUGUAACUUUUUUUUUCAAGAUAGUGGCACAUUUAAAGUGAAACUAUUGUCAGAGAUACUUUUUUGUGUUCCUCUUUUAAUGCAAUUAUAGCAGUAAAUGAAUUUGGAUUGUCAAUUUUCACAACUCUUCAUUAAAUGACAGCCAAGAUGUGCAACUUAAAUCUAGUACUCUUUAUUUGGUGACAAUUAAGGAGACUGGGAACAGGUUUUUUGUUAUUUAAAAAGCUCUUUUUAACAAAUGGUAAAUACCAUAGCGUGCACUAUUGAGUUAUGGAUGCG